GUCGGUUUCAUAGCCAACAUGGUAGAUUUCACGUCCAAAAUUGUGAAUCGAUUUCAUCGUUGUAAUUCCAGGUUGAAGGUUCCAUACCAAGAGCUUUCUGAUGUGUAAACGUAGACAAAAGAGAAGUGGGUCCCCUCUUAUCCACAAUUGCAUAAAAGCGAGAAACAGAGUACUCGCCAGAAGAAAGCAGCUCGGGACGGAGGGGGCGAAAAAUGGCGGCAUCAACCGCUUCACUAGCACCGCCCUUUCGAUUCUCUCUCUCCUUCGCAAGCUGCAACGGCCGAGCGAGAGCUCCUCCGCCCACAGCCGUCCGAUGCUCCGCCCCAUCCGACAUUGACGCGCCUCCUCUGCUCCGUGCAGCCAAGUACACCGUUGACAGAUACGUUGAGAAUGGAAUGGUGAUUGGGCUAGGAUCUGGUAACGCUUCUAGCAUGGCCAUAAAAUAUCUUGGUCAGCAACUCCGUGCAGGCGCUUUGGAAGAUAUAGUAGGGGUCUUAUGUAGGUCUGUUACAAGUGCAAGCGAAGCAGCAAAAUCAGGAAUUCCUUUGGAUAACUGCCAAGGAUGUUCUCAGAUUGACUUUGCCUUUGAUGAUGCUGAUAUCAUAGAAGAAGACACACUCAUUGCUGUUAUUGGCCGCCGAAAAUUGGAAGGCGGAGAGUCAAUAAUCCAAGAGAAAUUUGUACUUAAUGCAGCCAAGAGACUUGUAUUUAUCAUCACAGAGAACAGAUAUAAAGGUGCUCUCGAUGGUUCUGUUCCAGUCUUAGUUCAAUCUCUCAACUGGAUGGAGACAGCUGAAGAGAUUGAUGAUUUGUUUCUGGGAGAUGCAGAGGUCUGGAGAAGACCAUCUAUAGGACAUGCUGAUCCAUUAGGUGGAGAUUUUCCAGUAGUUACCAAGGAUGGCCAUAAUGUUCUUGAUGUCAUAUUCACAUCUCCAAUUGCUGACCUUGCUCAAGUAGCUGAGAGCCUUGACAGAGUAGAUGGAGUGGUGGACCAUGGGGUCAUUUCCAAGUUUGCUUGCACCGCGGUGGUUGCGUCCCCAAGCGGAGUUUCCGUUAUAGAUAAUGUGCUAACAAAUGUUGCUGGGGAUCCUGCAAUAUGAACCUAGAGAAUCGUUUGUUUUUUACACGCGGUGCGAAGGUAAGUAGAACGUGUAGAAACCAUGAAGACCAGAAAGUAUGAAAAUGACUGGAGGAAAUACACAAAUUGAUUAAAAAUUUCAUAUACUCCUUGAUGAAAUCUCGAGGCAUACUCUCAUCCUUGAAAAGCAAAAGAAAAAGAAGCAUCUGUGAGUGAGCUUAUUUUUGACUGAAAAUUUUAUCUGUCUACAAUCCGUAUUAUUUAUUGACAGUACAAUUUAGAAGUCUUAGAAUAUUAGUGUUAUCUAUUUGUUGUGUUUGGGUAAAGUUGUUACCUUGGAGGCUACGAACUUUGUUGGCCAUAUCAUGGUAAGAGUCGAUCCUUUGCAUCAAACUCAAAUAGCUUCACUGUAAGCAGUUUAUGAGUUUCUAACAUGCAGAAUAUGGUUUCAUGCUC